AUGAAUUGGCUCGGCCUCCUCGUCCUGCUGACCGUGGCUGGGCUGGCCCACAGCAUACAGUACCCAUGUGGAGGUUCCUGCGGGCUCCAGGCUGUGCCAUCUCUCUACCACCCCAUGACUAAUUACCACAGCAACGACGCUUAUGGCACGAAACGUGUUGUUGGUGGCAGAGAUGCCAAGCCAGGAGCCUGGCCCUGGAUCGUCAGCAUCCAGCAUCCCUGGGUACCAGGCCUGAGGCAUCUGUGUGGAGGGUCUCUCAUCAGUGCGCAAUGGGUCCUCACAGCGGCCCACUGCUUCGACGAGGUCACGAAAAUCAGCAUGGUGUACGUGGUGCUUGGGGCCACUCAGUUGACUCAGCCAGGCCCUGGGGCACAAAUGCGUCGUGUCAAGCAGGUGGUGAUACACCAGUACUACAAUCCUGAUGACUGGAGCUAUGAUAUUGCCCUGCUGCAAUUGGACCAUCCUGUCCAGUGCAGCCUCUACAUCCAGCUGGCCUGUGUGCCUGACGCCACACUGACAGUGUCGGAGCUUCAGAACUGCUGGAUCGCUGGCUGGGGUGCCACCACUGCAAGAGCUCAAGAUUCAAGUGAUCACCUGCAGGAGGCCAAGGUCCAGCUCAUUGAUGUCCAGCUCUGCAACAGCAGCCUCUGGUACUCAGGGAAAAUCCACAUCCACAAUUUGUGUGCUGGUUACCCACAGGGCCUCAUCGACUCCUGCCAGGGUGACAGCGGUGGUCCUCUCAUGUGCCAAGAGAAAAACGCUGACUACUGGUGGGUCAUUGGAAUGACCAGCUGGGGAAGAGGCUGUGCCAGAGCAAAGCUGCCUGGAGUCUACACCUCCACUCAACACUUUCAUGACUGGAUCCUCUUCCAGUUGAGCCUGAGACUUGAAGAAAGUUCCUCUCCAACAUCACGGGCAUGUAGUCAUUUUUUGACCCCUUCGCAGACACUGCAGUUGACAUACUUGAAGUAA